GGCUGAACUCUAUUCUUUUCUCUCUUAAGAACGCAACCGCUAGGCUAGUGGUAACUCCGAUGCCUCUUGCUUUGCUUUCUCUUAAACUGUUUGCGAGGAAAGCAGAAAUUAAACUGAUAAUUCAGUGUCUUGGCUUUUUCUAGAUUGAGCCUUCUCUCCCUUCGUGAUUUUUGAGCGCAUCUGUGGUUCUUUUUAGCCGCGGUGCUGGGAGGGAGGAGCAGGUGGGUAGAGCGAUUGGAACUGCUUGCUCGGAGGGAGGGAAAAGUAACGCUUCAUCUUUGUGACUAGUCGACUUGUUUGCCUAGAACACAGUUUUGAAGUAUUUCAGGACCAUUUAUUGGCAAACGGAAUUACAGUUUGAAAGACUGACCCGAGAGCUGGAGGCUGAACGCCAAAUCGUCGCCAGCCAACUGGAGCGAUGCAAGCUGGGGUCGGAGACCGGCAGCAUGAGCAGCAUCAGUUCAGCAGAGGAGCAGUUUCAUUGGCAAUCGCAAGAUGGUCAAAAAGACAUCGAAGAUGAACUUACAACAGGUCUUGAGCUGGUGGACUCCUGUAUUAGAUCGCUGCAGGAAUCAGGAAUACUUGACCCCCAGGAUUAUUCAACCAGUGAAACUGGGUCCCGAGCCUCCUACAGCAGCCAGCACGGCCACCUGGGCCCAGAACUGAGGGCCCUGCAGUCCCCAGAGCACCACAUAGACCCCAUUUAUGAAGACCGCGUCUACCAGAAACCCCCCAUGAGGAGCCUCAGCCAGAGCCAGGGGGACUCUCUGCCACCAGCGCACACGGGCACCUACCGCACGAGCACAGCCCCAUCUUCCCCGGGUGUCGACUCCGUCCCCUUGCAGCGCACAGGCAGCCAGCAUGGCCAGCAGAACGCCGCCGCAGCCACCUUCCAGAGAGCCAGCUAUGCCGCCGGCCCGGCCGCCAAUUACGCAGACCCCUACCGACAGCUGCAGUAUUGCCCCUCUGUUGAGUCUCCAUACAGCAAAUCCGGCCCUGCCCUCCCACCCGAAGGCACCUUGGCCCGGUCCCCGUCCAUUGAUAGCAUUCAGAAAGACCCCAGAGAAUUUGGAUGGAGAGACCCGGAACUGCCUGAAGUGAUUCAGAUGUUGCAACAUCAGUUUCCUUCCGUCCAGUCUAAUGCUGCAGCCUAUUUACAACACCUCUGUUUUGGAGACAAUAAAAUUAAAGCUGAGAUAAGGCGACAAGGAGGCAUACAGCUCCUUGUGGACCUGCUGGAUCAUCGGAUGACGGAAGUCCACCGUAGUGCCUGUGGAGCUCUGAGGAACUUGGUGUAUGGGAAGGCCAAUGAUGAUAACAAAAUUGCCCUGAAAAACUGCGGUGGCAUCCCAGCGCUGGUGAGGCUGCUCCGCAAGACCACGGACCUCGAGAUCCGGGAGCUGGUCACAGGAGUCCUUUGGAACCUCUCGUCAUGCGAUGCCCUCAAAAUGCCCAUCAUCCAGGACGCCCUGGCAGUGUUGACCAACGCAGUGAUCAUUCCCCACUCCGGCUGGGAAAACUCGCCUCUUCAGGAUGAUCGGAAGAUCCAGCUGCAUUCAUCACAGGUGCUGCGCAAUGCUACUGGGUGCCUAAGGAAUGUGAGUUCAGCGGGAGAGGAGGCCCGCCGGAGGAUGCGGGAGUGUGAUGGACUCACAGACGCACUGCUGUACGUGAUUCAGUCGGCUCUGGGCAGCAGCGAGAUCGAUAGCAAGACCGUUGAAAACUGUGUGUGCAUCUUAAGGAACCUCUCGUACCGGCUGGCAGCAGAAACGACUCAGGGACAGCACAUGGGCACGGAUGAGCUGGACGGGCUGCUCUGUGGCGAGGCCAACGGCAAGGACGCGGAAAGUUCCGGGUGCUGGGGCAAGAAGAAGAAGAAGAAGAAAUCCCAAGAUCAGUGGGAUGGAGUAGGACCUCUUCCAGACUGUGCAGAACCACCAAAAGGGAUCCAGAUGCUGUGGCACCCAUCAAUAGUCAAACCCUACCUCACACUGCUCUCUGAGUGCUCAAAUCCAGACACGCUGGAAGGGGCGGCAGGCGCCCUGCAGAACUUGGCUGCAGGGAGCUGGAAGUGGUCAGUGUACAUCCGAGCUGCUGUUCGGAAAGAGAAAGGGCUGCCCAUCCUUGUGGAGUUGCUGCGAAUAGACAACGACCGCGUGGUGUGCGCCGUGGCCACAGCCCUGCGCAACAUGGCCUUGGACGUCAGAAAUAAGGAGCUCAUCGGCAAAUACGCCAUGCGAGACCUCGUCCACAGGCUGCCAGGAGGGAACAGCAACAAUGCUGUGAGCAAGGCUAUGUCGGAUGACACAGUGACAGCUGUCUGCUGUACCCUACACGAGGUGAUCACCAAAAACAUGGAGAACGCCAAGGCCUUACGGGAUGCCGGCGGCAUCGAGAAGUUGGUCGGCAUCUCCAAAAGUAAAGGAGACAAACACUCUCCAAAAGUGGUCAAGGCAGCAUCUCAGGUCCUCAACAGCAUGUGGCAGUACCGAGAUCUGAGGAGUCUCUACAAAAAGGAUGGAUGGUCACAGUAUCACUUUGUAGCCUCAUCUUCUACCAUCGAGAGGGAUCGGCAAAGGCCCUACUCCUCCUCCCGCACGCCCUCCAUCUCCCCAGUGCGCGUGUCUCCCAACAACCGCUCAGCAAGUGCCCCAGCCUCACCUCGGGAAAUGAUCAGCCUCAAAGAAAGGAAAACAGACUAUGAAUCUACUGGCAGUAAUGCCACUUACCACGGAACUAAAGGAGAACAUGCUUCCCGGAAAGACACCAUGACAGCUCAAAAUACUGGAAUUUCAACUUUGUAUAGGAAUUCAUAUGGUGCGCCCGCUGAAGACAUCAAACAUAACCAGGUUUCAGCACAACCAGUCCCACAGGAGCCCAGCAGAAAAGAUUACGAGACCUACCAGCCAUUUCAGAAUUCCACGAGAAAUUAUGACGAGUCCUUCUUCGAGGACCAGGUCCAUCAUCGCCCUCCCGCCAGCGAGUACACCAUGCACCUGGGACUCAAAUCCACUGGCAACUACGUCGACUUCUACUCAGCUGCCCGUCCCUACAGCGAACUGAACUAUGAAACGAGCCACUACCCAGCCUCCCCCGACUCCUGGGUGUGAGGAGCAAGGAGCAGGCGGGACGAGGCGCUCCGGGAGCCGUGCAUGUGCAUGCAUAUCACGAGACAUUUCUUUUUUCCCCGCAAAUUUAGUUUGUCAAAGCCUGUUCCGUAGGAAGGCUGUGAUAACCAGUAAGGCAAUCUUACGAGCUAUUUUAGAGCGCUAAAUGGAUUGAAAGUUAACUUGGGAGUCUAAUAGAGAACAAAAACAAUCCUCAGUAGGACUGUGUGCAACAACGUUCUAGUCUGAGCUGUAGAGUAUAAAAAGUGCUUUAUACUGGACGUGGAGGAAGGAAGGAGAGAGGAAACGGUUGGGGUGGUGGGCCGUGAAGGUUAUCGUUAAGCACAAGACACAGAAUAGUUUACACACUUUAUGGGGGACGGCUUCUCACACUUUGUUUAAUCUCUUCAUCCGUUGUGACUCUAGGCUUCAAGUUGCAUUGGGGUUCCUCUGUACAGCAAGAUGUUUCUUGCCUUUUGUUAAUGCAUUGUUGUAAAGUAUUUGAUGUACAUUACAGAUUAAAAAAGAAAAGUGCAUUGUGUAUAUUACACCAAUGCCACUGUGUUUCCUCAUCUAUGGUUCUAAAUAUUGCUUCGAUUUCAACCUUUUGAAAGAUGUAUGGAUUUCCAGUUUUUCUUUUCUUUUCUUUCUCCCAGUAUGUUUUAA